AUGAGCAACUCUUGGUUAUUGGUAACUGUAACAGCACUGUUGGCUGUCUUCGUACAAUCUGAUGAAAUAUCAUUUAUAUUCGAUGAGGAGAUACGAAACCAACUUUACUAUCCACAAUGCUAUCAUACAGAUCAAGUUGUGGAAGAAAACGCUGGGACACCGAAACCUGAAGCUCCUGUAGUCCCUGUCGCUGACCAAACAGGUGAUAAAAAGACAGCAGCGGAAACGAACAUUCAGCCAGUAGAUUCAAUUGAUGCAUCAAGUGGACCUCAUAAAGCUGGCCAAACUCCUGACUCCAAGAUAAACAAAGAUCAAGUUGUGGAAGAAAACGCUGGGACACCGAAACCUGAAGCUCCUGUAGUCCCUGUCGCUGACCAAACAGGUGAUAAAAAGACAGCAGCGGAAACGAACAUUCAGCCAGUAGAUUCAAUUGAUGCAUCAAGUGGACCUCGUCAAAGACGAAAUGGUGGGAGAAAUAACGGAGGUCAAAGACGAAAUGGUGGGAGAAAUAACGGAGUAUCGCCCAUCAACAACGGUGUCGAAUCAAACAAUGUGGUGUCAUAA